GAGACUAUAACAACAGAUAAAGGGAUGGACCUGUGGCCAUUGCUGUAGGAUCCUAAGUCCAGGUGAUCAUUUUGAACGAAACAUCGACAAAAAUUGAAAAAUUCACAUGAUACCUGCAGUUCAAUGAUGGAACAGAAUCAACAUUUGAGUAAGACAGCAGAGGCACAGCAUUCUGAGAAAAGGAAAACUAGAAACUACUGCAAUGGAUUCAAGAUGUUCUUGGCAGCCCUGUCACUCAGCUUUAUUUCUAAGACACUAAGUGCAAUCAUUAUGAAAGGUUCCAUCACUCAAAUAGAAAGGAGAUUUGACAUAUCAUCUUCUACUGUUGGCUUAAUUGAUGGAAGCUUUGAAAUGGGAAAUUUGCUUGUGAUUUUAUUUGUGAGUUACUUCGGAGCCAAAUUACACAGACCAAAACUAAUCGGAAUUGGUUGCUUCGUUAUGGGAAUUGGAAGUAUUUUGACUGCUUUACCUCAUUUCUUCAUGGGAUAUUACAGGUAUUCUAAAGACACCCCUAUCAAUCCAUCAGAGAAUUCAACAUCAAGCUUAUCAACUUGUUUGAUUAAUCAAAAUCUGUUACUCAAUAGAACAUCACUGGAGAUAGUGGGAAAAGGUUGGGAAAAGGAAUCUGGGUCACAUAUGUGGAUAUAUAUUCUAUUGGGUAAUAUGCUUCGUGGAAUUGGGGAAACGCCCAUAACACCCUUGGGGAUUUCUUACAUCGAUGAUUUUGCUAAAGAAGGACAUUCUUCUUUUUAUUUAGGUAAUUUGUUUGCAGUAACAAUGAUUGGUCCAAUCAUUGGCUUUUUACUCGUAUCUCUGUUUUCUAAAAUGUAUGUGGAUAUUGGAUACGUAGAUCUGAGCACUAUCAGAAUAACUCCUAAGGACUCUCGUUGGGUUGGUGCAUGGUGGCUUGGUUUCCUUGUGGCUGGACUAAUAUCCAUUAUUUCUUCUAUACCAUUCUUUUUCUUGCCCAAAAAUUUGGAUAAACCAAGGAAAGAAGAAAAAGCUUCAGUAUCUUUGCCUGUGCAAAAUGAGGAAAAGAGUCAAAUGGCUCAUUUGACCAAGCAGGGGCAAAAUGUUAGUGAAACUGUAGCUGGUUUUUUCCAGUCCUUGAAAAACAUCCUUACCAAUCCCCUGUAUGUUAUAACAUUAUUUUUGACACUGCUACAAGCCAGCAGCCAUAUUGGAAUUAUUACUUAUGUCUUCAAAUAUGUAGAACAACAGUAUGGCCAGUCAGCAUCUGAGACUAGCAUUUUGUUUGGAUUCAUAACCAUACCAACUUUUGCAUCUGGAGUGUUUACAGGAGGAUAUAUCAUUAAAAAAUUCAAAUUUACCUUGGUUGGAAUUGCGAAAUUUUCAUUUUGUAGCCAUAUGUUGUCCUUCCUAUUUCACCUAUUAAAUUUUGCGCUAAUCUGUGAAAACAAGUCAGUUGCUGGACUAACCUUGACUUAUGAUGGAAAUAAUCCAGUGGCAUCUCAUAUAAAUGUACCACUUUCUUAUUGCAACUCUGGCUGCAAUUGUGAUCAAAGUCAAUGGGAACCACUCUGUGGAGACAAUGGAAUAACUUACAUAUCACCUUGUUUAGCAGGAUGCAAAUCUUCAAGUGGCAGUAAAAAGUCUGUUAUGUUUCAUAACUGUAGUUGUGUGGAAGUAAAUGGUUUCCAGAGCAGAAAUAACUCAAUGAAGUUGGGUGAAUGCCCCAAAAAUGAUCAAUGUACAAGAAAAUUUUAUGUUUAUAUAGUAGUGCAAAUAUUUAUCUUUUUUUCUUCUGCAUUGGGAAGCACCUCAAAUAUCAUGCUGGUUUUUAAAAAUGUUGAACCUGAACUGAAAUCACUUGCCAUGGGUUUCCAUUCACUAACUAUUCGAACACUAGGAGGAAUUCCAGCUCCUAUAUACUUUGGGGCUCUGAUUGAUAGAGCUUGUAUGAAGUGGUCUGUCAACAACUAUGGGAAGCAAGGGUCUUGUCGGAUAUACAAUUCCACAUUAUAUGGAAAUACUUUCUUUGGCUUGACUACAGGCUUAAAACUCCCAGCUCUUGUUUUAUAUGUUGUAUUAAUUUCUGUUAUGAAGAAAAAAUAUCAAGGAAAAGGUAUCAAGGCAUCAGAAAAUGAAAGAAAAUCCUUGAACGAAGCGAACUUAGAACCGUUAAGUAGUGAUGCCAGAGUGGACCGUGAAACACAUAUUUAA